GGUGGAGCCCAGCCUCCCUGAGGGGACCCGCCGCCACCGGCGCGACGCCGGGGCUUCCCUUCCCCUUCCCCGGCGGGACCCGCCGCCUCCCCUGGGGCCGGGGCGCGGUGUCUCCCGCUGAGGGCACCCCCUCAGGCCCCGUCUGCCCGGGGUAGAACCGGGCCGUGCAGCCCGCCCGUCCCCUCGCCGUGCGGCGGUACCGAGCCAGACUGAUGUGCCAUGUCUGCCCAUCGCGCCCCUGAGCCCUCGCACCGCCUGGGCGAAACGGGCGGUUUGGUGCUGCCCGUCGCCCUUGUCCGCUCGAAAACAUCCCGCACGGGGGGCGAAUCCUCCGGCCCGUGCCCGGGGAAGGCGGUGUGUGGCGGGGGCACGUCCCCAGGUGCCCCCCGGCUGCGCAGGGUCCAUCCCCGCUUCCCCGCGCUCUCGCCUUCGGGCCGGGCCGUCGCGGGUGGACGGACCCUGUCCUAGCCGGGCUCCCGCUGUGGGUGCGGACGGUGCGGUGGAAGCACCGGCCUGGGCCGGUGUCCGUCAGGGCCGCCCAUGCGUCCUCCCCGAGCCGUGCCAGGGCCACGCAGAGCAGCCGUGUGCCCGGGAUAGCCGUGGUGUGCCCAGCAGGGCACGCGGGGCGUGAUCGCUGCUCCCGAGGCCUGCGGCAGCCGCGACGCCUUCCCCUAUGUCCCCCCUCCCCUCCGCCCGCCGUUCCUGACGUCCUGAGCUUGGCCGUGGGAACACAAUGAGGCCCUGAGGAGCGCGGCUGCUCCGGCUGAGGAAACGGCUGCCGGCUUCCUCCUGCUCGGCCCUGCCCCGGCCCCUGCAGCUCCGCGCAGCCUGGAGAUCAUGGGCAUGUCUGCGGAGGACAAGCGCGCUGCGAGCCCCAGAGACGAGGAGUGGCCGGAAGCGGAGAAGGCAGAGAAGUUGGCGAGAGGAGCCGCUCUGAAAUGGGCUUCAGGGGUGUUUUACUGCCCCGAGAAACUGGAGGGACUCGGGCAGUACCGGAGCCGAGAGACGCAGAGGAACAGCUCCAUCCAGUCCCGGCUGAAGUCAACUGUCCAGUCCUACCUGGAGGGGGUAAGCGCGGGGCUGGAGCAGUUGCGGUCGGCGGCCCAGGAGGUGCAGAGCGUGUGCCAGGACCUGGGGGCUGCACGGUGGGCCCUGCUCGACAGCGCAGACCGAUUCCAGGGCCUCCAGCAGAUGCGGGCGCUGAUGGCGGAGCACGUGCAGCUGGCCUCGGUGGUCCAGGUGUUGCCCCAGCUCUUCUCAGUCCACGAGGUUUUUUCCCAUACCCUGCAGCUGCUCCGUGGGCAGCAACUCCUGGAGGCCCAUGCAGAGCUCAUGAUGAUGGAGCACCUCCGGGAUGACAUCCUCUCCCAGCUGCACCUCCGUGGGCUCUCCGAUGCCCAGGCAACCGUGCUGUCCUACUUUGGUGGCCUGCAGGAGCUCAACGAGAGCCUGGCCAAGCAGCUGUGGGACAUUGUGGGCAGCAGCCUGCGGCUGGUGUGCGAGGACCCGGUUCUCUUCGUCACCGCUGUAAGGAUCAUCGAGCGGGAGGAGAAAAUAGAUGAUACUCUGCUCCUGGAGGCCACCUUCCUCCCCCCUGGCCGCCCAAAGGGCUGGAGGCAGAAGUUUUAUCGCGUUCUCCGGGAGACCAUCACAGGAGCCCACUUCCAUGGCACCCACACGGACACCGAGGGGCCAGGGCUGGCCCGGCACCUGGCCGCGCUGCAGAAGGCUAUCGUGUCUGAGCUGCGUGUGGUGAAGGACCUGAUGGUCCAGUGCGUCCCAGCUCACUACAACAUCCUCAGCGUCUGCACUGCCACCUACCACCAGGCGCUCAGCGGCCACCUCCAGGACAUCCUCCGAGAGGACCUGGACAAACAGGCGCUCUUCCUCCUCCUCGAGUGGGCACUUCGUGUGUACCACAGCCCAGAGAUGAUGGGUCACCCUGACCUUCUCCCAGAAGUGGACGUUUCUGCUCUGGGCCCCUUGAUGUCCCCUGAGCUCGUGGACCAGACAGAGAGGAAAUACGUGCUGAAAGUCAAGGCUAGUGUGCUCGAGUGGAUGCAGAGGACCCUGGAGGUGGAGUUCAAGGAGUGGUUCAGGGACGAGGAACCUGAGACAGACCACCAGGGCUUCUUCCAGUCAGCCCUGCCUGUCAUUGUCAUGCAGAUGCUGAAUGAGAAUAUCCAGGUCGCCUCCUUGAUCUCUGACUCUCUGCAGCAGAAGGUUUACAACAUGGCUUUGGAGGAGCUCGAGGCAUUUCUGAGCCGUCUGCGGGAAGCCCUAGUGCAGUGCGGGAAGGAGCACCAGAAGGACCGUACCGUACCCAAGUACUAUGUCUCCUACCUGCUGGCCAUGCUUAACAACAACCUGACUCUCAGCUCCUCUGUCUCCUCCCUGCACCCCGAUGCUGCCUGCAGAGAAGUCCCCACGUCCCUCCUGGCUGCUCUAGACCGGACGCAGAAGAAAGCCUGCCAACUGCUGCUGGAGGAGCUGCUCCUGGACCUGCAGCCCCUCUGCCUGCAGCUGCCUUCCCGCAAGUGGCUCGCUGGGUCCCAGCUGGUCAGCAGCAUGUGCGAAGUGAUUGACAAGUAUGCAAAGGACUUCUCCCACGUCAGGAAACCCAUCUUCACGCUCCUGCUGACCGAGAGCGAGCUCGUGGUGGCAAGCCAGUACCUGCGGGCACUCAUGCAGAAGAAGAUGGUGUGCAAGAGCGAGGAGGAGCGGGGCCAGUUCUGCAACCGCCUGCUGCAGGACGCCACGCAGCUCCGGGAACUCUUCUGUGGCCUGGGUCUGGACCGGAGUCAGCAGAGCCUGGAGGCCGUGUUUGCCCUGCGGGAGCUGAUCUACCUCAAAGACCCGGCACUGCUCAGCCUGGAGGUGCUGGGCUUCAUCACCAAGUACCCUGACGUCAGCGACGAGCACAUCUCCACCUUGCUGGAUCUCCGGGGUGAUGUCUCCAAGGACGUGCGGCACAUGGUGCUGGAAAUGAUGGCACAGCACCCCCAGGUCUUGCCUGAGAGCUACCGGCCCAUCUUCAGCACCAUCCUGGUCCCUGCGCCGGAGCUGCCCUUCUGCCUUCGCAAGGGCAAGUGUGCCUGACGCUGCGUCCCGCAGCGCGCUCCCCGCUGCCCCCACGGACCUACGGAUCACACAGGACAUCUCUGGGGCUGCGUGUGGGGUGGAUGGAGACGACAGAUGGCAUCCCCUAUGCGCAGCACCUUGCCCUGGCCUGGGGACAGUCUGGAUACGUGUCAUCCUGCUCUGGUCUCGCUGAGCAGACUGUUCCCUGCAAUCACCAGCCCUGGGAGACCUGGGUCAGGAGAAAAUCAACCCACAGCUGUUUUGCUGGCCUGCUGAGAGCUGCUCAGGUCUGGCCUGUUGCCUGCAGGAGAGAGGAGCCAUGGAGCAAAGGGCAGGAGUCUGCAGUUGGGGUGAGUCCACGUCUCCGUGGGGCUGCAGAGACAUUGGGGUUUCCCCAAGUCUCCAGACAGCCCCCUGAGCCAGCGUGGCCUGGCCACAGAGUGUGUUCCCACCCCAGCUCCCAGGCAGGCUGGAGCCUUGCUAGACCCAGGCUUGCAGGAGGGUUUUAGUGAGCUAGUCCUCUGCUUUGGCUCAGCCCAGAGGUCUGGUGGUGCUGCUCCACCAGCCUGGGCCCUGCAUGGAUGGUGGAGAGCAGCUCGGCCAGCUCACGGCGGCAGAGGAGAAGGGCACAAGGGGCCUUGCGACCCUGGGUGGUGCCAUCCCCCCUGUCCCUGCUGGCGUGAGGGACAGCUCUGUGCUCCUGCUGACCUGCCCAGCUCCCGGCCUCAGCUCUCUUGCCAGCACCCCAGACAGGACGGGAGUCCAGGACACUCCGUCCUCUUGGAGAACGUGACCGGAGUUGUGUCUGGUCUGUCGAGCAUCCUCCUGGCCCAGCUUCCUCCAUGAUGGGCAGCACCACCUUGGGCGCUGUCUCUGUCCCUCCAUCCUCGGCUGCUGUCCAGCCCUUGGUCAUCUCCUCCACGGGUGCCAUGUGAAGAUCAGGAGAAAAGCCUGUCUGUCUGUCUGUCUGCAUCCUCCUGCCCGGCCCGGGCUCUGCCACCCUUCCUGCAUGGGGCAGGCCCCAUCCUGCUGUCCUUGCGUGGCACCACUGCCAGAAAUAAAGGCCCAAGCUCUGCAAUCAC